AUGGGAGUGGACAUUUUUGCCUGCGACUUCCUCUUCAUCCCAAUCCAUGACGCGCUGCACUGGUCCCUCGCAAUCGUCUGCUACCCCGGCCGCAUCGGCGCCGCCCUAGAGGAGCGCGCGCGCCGCCAGCAGCAACAGCAGCAGCAGCAGCAGCAGCAGCAGCAGCAGCAGUCCGGCGGCGGUGGCAGCAGCGGGGGCGGCGGCAGCGGGGCCGGCGGCGGCAGCGAGGGCGGCGGCAGCGAGGGCGAGGGGGGCGCGGCGCCCUUCCUGGAGGAGGACGGGGUAGAGGUCCUGGGGCUGGCGGGGCGCCGGGGGGCCGGCGGCGGGGGCAGCUGCGAUGAGGAGGAGGCGGAGGGGGGCGGCAGUGGCGGUGGUGGCGGCGGCGGUGGGCCCCGUGUGGAGAAGCGCGCGUGCGUGCUGCACCUGGACUCCCUUGACGGCGGCCACACCACACGAGCCGUGACCCGGGCGGCCACCGCCAGCGCGCGCGCGGCUGAGGCGGCGGAGGCGGCCGGGGCGGCGGAGUCGGGGGAGGGGCGCGCAGCGGACCGCCCCAGCGGCAGCUCCCAGGAGCCGACGCCGGCGCCGGCGCCGCAGGGGGAUGGCGGUGCAGCGGAUCGGGCGGAGGGCGGCACCGGCGGCGUCAAGGCGGUUGUUGCGGGCGGCGGCGGCGGCGGCGGCAACGUGCCGUACGAGUGGUCGCUGCGGCACCCCGAGCUGGUGCCUGUGCAGCUGUCCCCGGACGUGCUGCCGGACAAGCGCGUGGAGACGCUGCCGCGCCAGGACAACUACUGUGACUGCGGCCUCUUCCUGCUGGCCUACCUCGAGUUCUUCGCCCACGCGGCGCCGCGCCACGGCCUGGAGCCGCGCCUCUUCGCGCCAGACAGACGGCCGCGCGGCGGCGCCGGGCCCGACGUGGCCUCGCCCGGGCCCUCCAUGUCGUCGUUCCCCGGCUUCCUGACCGCCGACUGGUUCAGCCCGCAGAACGCCAGCCUGCUGCGCCGCUGCAUCCGCGGCCGCAUCCACCGGUUGCUUGCGGAGCAGGCGCGCGGGGAGGGGGCGGAGGCGGCGGCGGCGGAGCUGAGGCGGCUCGCGGACGAGGAGGAGGACCCGACCAAGCAGGAGUGA